AUGCGCAACCUCGCAGGCCUUGCGUUGCUCCCUCUGGCAGCAGCCGUUCCCCAUGUCGUUCGUGGAGCUGAGCCUACCUAUGACUAUAUCGUUGUCGGAGGUGGCACAAGCGGUCUGGUAGUUGCCAACCGUCUUUCCGAAAACGAUGAUAUCAAUGUUUUAGUAAUCGAAGCUGGAGGCUCGGUAUACAACAACCCCAACGUGACCUCCACGACUGGAUAUGGAAAAGCAUUUGGCACCGCCAUUGAUUGGGCCUACAAGACCGUGGAUCAGGAAUAUGCUGGAAACUAUCCCCAGACGGUGCGUGCUGGAAAGGCGCUUGGAGGAACAUCUACCAUCAACGGAAUGGUGUAUCUCCGUGCGCAGAGUGCUCAGAUCGAUGCGUGGGAGGAAAUUGGCAACAAGGACUGGAACUGGAAGAACCUGUUCCCUUACUACCGCAAGGGUGAACAUUUUCAGGGAACCAACUACUCUUGGUUGGAAGGUUCUGGCGUCGCAUAUGACCCAGCAUUCCAUGGAUUCGAUGGUCCCCUGAAAGUUGGCUGGUCCGAGACGCAGUUGAACGAUGGACUCGCCCAGAAGUUGAACACGACAUAUCCAAACAUGCCUGUUCCUGUCCCUUACAACAUCGAUCCCAAUGGAGGCAAAAUGAUCGGAUACGCUCUUUACCCAAAGACAGUUGAUUCGAAAUUGAACAUCCGUGAAGACGCUGCCCGCGCCUACUACUAUCCUUACAAGGCUCGGAGCAACCUUCACGUGUGGCUCAACACCAACGCGAACAAGCUCACCUGGAAGACUGGUGAUGAGGCCACUGCUGAUGGCGUUGAAGUUACCCUGGCCAAUGGCACCACGACUGUUGUCAAGGCUUCCCGUGAGGUUAUUCUCGCUGCAGGUGCAUUGAAGUCCCCUGUUUUACUGGAACUUUCCGGUGUUGGAAACCCAGACAUCCUUUCAAAGUAUGGAAUUGGCACCAAAGUGAACCUGCCAACGGUCGGCGAGAACCUCCAAGAUCAGAUGAACAAUGGUCUUACCUAUGAUGCCAAAACAAGCUACUCAAAUCUCGCGGACUAUGUUGCAUACCCCUCCGUGACUCAGUUGUUCUCCAACGCCACGGCUGUCGGUGCCCAGCUUCUCAGCAAGCUCCCUGCCUACGCCGCCCAAGUCGCGUCCGCCAACGGCAACGUCACCAAGGCGGCUGACAUCGAGCGCUUCUUCAAAAUCCAGUGGAACCUGAUAUUCAAGUCGCACAUUCCCGUUGCCGAGGUCCUCGUCGAGCCAUCCGGGACUACCAUGGGCACUGAGUACUGGGGCUCCGUUCCCUUCUCCCGUGGAAACAUCCACAUCUCCUCCGCCAACCCGACCGCUGCAGCCACCAUUGACCCGAAGUACUUCAUGCUCGAUUUCGAUCUCCACGCCCAGAUCCAGGCCGCUCGCUUCAUUCGUCAGCUUUUCAAGACGGAGCCGUUUGCCGAUAUGGCCGGCGCUGAGACUAAACCCGGUUUCUCUACCGUUGCUGCGAACGCUAAUGACCAGGGAUGGUCGUCGUUCAUCAAGAACAAUUUCCGUUCGAACUUCCAUCCCAUUAGCACAGCUGCGAUGAUGCCGAAGGAUAUUGGCGGUGUUGUUGACAGCUCGUUGAAGGUCUACGGCACCUCCAACAUCCGCAUUGUGGAUGCUUCUGUUAUCCCUUUCCAGGUUUGCGGACACCUGCAGAGUACCGUAUACGCUAUCGCUGAGCGAGCGGCCGAUAUUAUCAAGGGCCAGAUCUAG